AUGCAAUCCGGCAUCUCAGCGUCCGAGGAGCUGCAAGCUCAAUUCAGCUCCUUGCUGGAGAGCCCCUCGACGUUCGGCCUCCUCGUCACCAUUGACAAGGAACAGCUCGUCCCCGUCGAAACGCUUCCGGCCAAGGGCUCAUCGUUCAACGAGAACCUCUCCGUGCUGCAACCACACAUCAAGCCCGAUGCAGCGCUGUACGCGAUCCUGCGCCGCCACGACGAUGCCCCCCACCUGAUCGCCGUGACGUACGUCCCCGACGCGGCGCCUGUGCGCCAGAAGAUGCUGUUCGCCUCGACGCGCCUUACGCUGGUCAGGGAGCUCGGCACGGAGCAUUUCCGCGAGAGCAUCUUCACGACUGAGGCGAGGGAGCUGACCGAGAGCGGGUUCAAGAGCCACGAGGACCACACCAAGCUUGCGGCGCCGUUGACGGAGGAGGAGCGGACCUUGAGUGAGGUCAAGAGAGCGGAGCAGGAGGCCGGCUCUGGCACCGGGCAGAGAGAGAUUCAUCUGAGCAAGAACCUCAACAUGCCGGUGAAGGAGGACGCGCUCGCUGCGAUGCAGGAGGUUGGCCAGGAGGGGGGCCGCGUGGUGGUGAUGCUGAAAAUUAACACAGACACCGAGGUCGUCGAACUCGUGCCCGAAUCACCGACACCGACUACCAUCCCUGAGCUCGUCCAGGUCAUCUCGACGACCGAGCCGCGUUUCACUUUCUUCCGCUUCCAGCACACGCACAACGGGACCGAGCAGAGCCCAGUACUCUUCUUCUACACGUGCCCUGCCAGCGCGGGCAAGUCGAUCAAGAGCCGCAUGCUCUACCCGCUCAUGAAGCGCGCCGUUGUCACGGUCGCGGAGCAAGAGGCUGGUCUGAAGCUGGAGAAGCGCUUCGAGUUUGAGGACACGAACGAGAUCACGGAGCAGGGCGUCAUGGAAGACCUGCAUCCGAAAGCGGCGUCGCGACAGGGGUUCAGCCGGCCGAAGCGUCCCGGCCGGUGA